AUGAAUUUCUAUCUUGACGCCGACGGUUUGUUUGUGCGCGAACAUCGUGUAAUAUCAGCUGUUGCCGUCAAAAUCAAAAAUCAAACGGCCAUGAAAUUCUAUUCUGACACCGACAAUUUGUGUGUACGCGAACAAUCGAAAAAGCAAACCCAAUGCGAACCUAAAAAGCAAAUUAAAUGCGAACCUGAAAAGCGAACCAAAUGCAAACCCAAAAUUCAAAUUAAAUGCAAAUCAAAAAAGAAACGCCUAACAGGCGUCUUAAAGUAUUUUGCAAAUAUCUUCGCUAGCAAAGAAUUCAGUGAUGUGACCCUGGUCACUGAAGAUAAAACUCAAUUCCAGGCCCACAAGGUUGUUUUAUGCGCUCGCAGUGAAGUUUUUGCAGCCAUGCUUCGCAAGCAAACCGGCAGUAUUACCAUCAACGAUAUGGAUUCGAAUGUUCUCAAGGAAUUGCUGAAUUACAUCUACACGGAGGAGGAAAUACCCAAAGAAAUGGCAGCAAAUUUAUUUGUGGCGGCCAAUAAAUAUGCCCUAUUGGAUUUGCAAAAAAUGUGUGAAGAUUUCUUAAUCGAAGCAAUGAGUGUAGACACUGUGGCUGAUAUUCUUCUUCUGGGUGAUCGUCAUUCCAGUGAACGCCUUAAAUCAAAGGCUGUUCAAUUUGCAAUAAAAAACAUUAAAAGUGUCACAAUGACGGAAUGCUGGAAAAGAUUGCGAGAAAUUGAACUUGAGCUAUGUAUGGACGUAUUGGAAAAGGCCAUACAGGAACGUUGGUAG